AUGAACAGAGUGGCCAGGUGGCCACUUUAUGAUGAGUGGCCGGGUGGCCACUUUAUGAUGGUUCUAAACGAUGAGCAGAGUGGCCAGUGGCCAACCACUUCACAAACUAGUGGAGUGACUCCGCGCCAUUAUGACCACGACCACAAGUUUCUUCAACGAAGCAGUGUACAUUCCGAAGUCACCUACGAUCAGUUACGCGAACUCUUGUUCGUCAACCAUUCACUGAACGAAACCAAGUACGAACUGUUUGCCCUAUCAUCCCAACAGAAUAGUAAGAAUACCCCAGUUCAAACCGCUGGCGGUGGAUCAGGAACAGAAGGAGCUGCGGGCGUAUAUUGGCUAGCGUUCAAAGCAACCCUGGCUUCAAGUCGUAAAUUUAUUGAAUUAGUCGCCACGCGUGAACAAAUGGACGACACGAACGGAUUACGUAAGUUUCUUGUCGUGUCAAAACCUGUUGAACCAACCAAUUUGCGGCGAGUGCGUAACUACGUUCGUGGAUGUUACGAGUCUUGGACACGGGAUGGCGAAGUCGAGUGGACGUGUAUCCAACGGUCAGAUCCAGGUGGAUGGUUUCAUAAAGAUGCGGAGUCUAUUAUUCAUUAUAUUGCCAAAAAUAACACAAAGAAGUUUUCACAAAUAGAUGAUUCUGCUACCAAGAGUCGGUUUGUGCAAAUUACUCGACGUACGUAG